ACAGGUUUGGUUCAAGAACCGAAGAGCGAAAUGCAGACAACAGGUAAAACAACAACAUCAGAAUGGUACUGAGAAGCAUACAAGAAGCAAUAGCAGUACAAAAACCAAGAAUUUGCCAAAAUUGGCAAAUAGUACAAGGGAGUCAAGCUAUACAAAAUCACAUCAAACACAAACCACUACUUAUCCAACAACAGGGUGCAAUGCAAGUAUUUGGAGCCCAGUUCUGGAAUCAAAUGGAGAGCAAACAAGACUGAGUGCCCCAGCUACCAGCUACUCAAGUAGUUAUCCACACAACUAUACAGGAUAUUACUCCAACAUGGAAUAUUUGCCGCCACCAAAUCCUACCAACACGGAGAAUAGCAUGGAUAGUUCAUGGGGGAAAAGAGAUGACAAUAGCUCAUGGUUUUAUAAUUCAAGUUGGGACCAUCGUAAAUGA